AUGUACCCACUACCCAGCCUGGCGAAAAUGGCGUACUAUGCGUGCAACGACAUCGAACGCGACAAGUUUGACUCGCUGGACACACCGGACAUCGAUAUGAAAAAUUGUUGCGAGUCGCUGUUAGAAUUAUUCAAAGUUGACAAAAUCCAAGACGAGCACAACGAUAGGCAGACAAUGUUCGAGCGGUCUCUGUUCGCCUUCGACGACGAGAUGUUUGAACACAUAUGCGAGAAGGCAGCGUUCAACGGGCACAUCGAUUGUCUGAAACUAGCACACGAGAUUGGCGUCCCUUGGGACACCGUGCCUGGAUGGACCGGUUUCAGAGGUAAGGCGUGUGAUCUGGCGGCGAUAUCGGGCAAUCUAGAAUGUCUAAGGUACGCCUUUGAGAACGGGUGCCCCUGGGACGAAGUUACAUGCAGCAACGCUGCGUUGAACGGUCACCCGGAGUGCCUAACUUACGCACGGGAAAACGGGUGUCCCUGGGACGAGAUGACGUGCAUCAACGCCGCGAAGAACGGUCACCUGGAGUGCCUAACUUACGCACGGGAAAACAGGUGUCCCUGGGACGAGAUGACGUGCUGCAUUGCCGCGAAGAACGGUCACCUGGAGUGCCUAACUUACGCACGGGAAAACGGGUGUCCCUGGGACGAGACGACGUGCCGCUUCGCCGCGUUGAAUGGGCAACUGGUGUGCCUCACUUACGCACGAGAAAACGGGUGUCCCUGGGACGAGAGUACGUGCAGCGACGCCGCGAUGAACGGUCACCUGGAGUCCCUAACUUACGCACGAGAAAACGGGUGUCCCUGGGACGAGACGACGUGCAGCGACGCCGCAAUGAACGGUCACCUGGAGUGCCUAACUUACGCACGGGAAAACGGGUGUCCCUGGGACGAGACGACGUGCAGCAGCGCCGCAAUGAACAGUCACCUGGAGUGCCUAACUUACGCACGGGAAAACGGGUGUCCCUGGGACGAGACAACGUGCAGCGACGCCGCGAUGAACGGUCACCUGGAGUGCCUAACUUACGCAUGGGAAAACGGGUGUCCCUGGGACGAGAAUACCUGCAGCAACGCCGCGAUGAACAAUCACCUGGAGUGCCUAACUUACGCACGGGAAAACGGGUGUCCUUGGGACGAGUAUACGUGCAAGGACGCCGCGAAGAACGGUCACCUGGAGUGCCUAACUUACGCACGGGAAAACGGGUGUCCCUGGGACGAGACGACGUGCCACUUCGCCGCGUCUAACGGUCACCUGGAGUGCCUAACUUACGCACGAGAAAACGGGUGUCCCUGGGACGAGACGACGUGCAGCUACGCUGCAAUGAAUGGGCAACUGGUGUGCCUAACUUACGCACGGGAAAACGGGUGUCCCUGGGACGAGACGACGUGCCGCUUCGCCGCGUUGAAUGGGCAACUGGUGUGCCUCACUUACGCACGAGAAAACGGGUGUCCCUGGGACGAGAGUACGUGCAGCGACGCCGCGAUGAACGGUCACUUGGAGUCCCUAACUUACGCACGGGAAAACGGGUGUCCCUGGGACGAGACGACGUGCAGCGACGCCGCAAUGAACGGUCACCUGGAGUGCCUAACUUACGCACGGGAAAACGGGUGUCCCUGGGACGAGACGACGUGCAGCAGCGCCGCAAUGAACAGGCACCUGGAGUGCCUAACUUACGCACGGGAAAACGGGUGUCCCUGGGACGAGACAACGUGCAGCGACGCCGCGAUGAACGGUCACCUGGAGUGCCUAACUUACGCAUGGGAAAACGGGUGUCCCUGGGACGAGAAUACCUGCAGCAACGCCGCGAUGAACAAUCACCUGGAGUGCCUAACUUACGCACGGGAAAACGGGUGUCCUUGGGACGAGUAUACGUGCAAGGACGCCGCGAAGAACGGUCACCUGGAGUGCCUAACUUACGCACGGGAAAACGGGUGUCCCUGGGACGAGACGACGUGCCACUUCGCCGCGUCUAACGGUCACCUGGAGUGCCUAACUUACGCACGGGAAAACGGGUGUCCCUGGAACGAGACGACGUGCAGCUACGCUGCGUUGAAUGGGCAACUGGUGUGCCUAACUUACGCACGGGAAAACGGGUGUCCCUGGGACGAGACGACGUGCAGCUACGCCGCGUUGAAUGGGCAACUGGUGUGCCUCACUUACGCACGAGAAAACGGGUGUCCCUGGGACGAGAGUACGUGCAACUCCGCAGCGUACAAUGAGCAGUUUGACUGUCUGGUGUACGCCUACGAGAGAGGGUGUGAGUGGGACAUUGAAGAUUUCUUGUAUAGGACAAGAGACAGCAACUCGGAAUGCGCUGAAUACGCCCGCCAAAUAUCGGUCCGAAAUGGCCCUCAUGUUUUCGACACUUGA